AUGGCAGUUGCCACCUUUACAGCUUUGUCCCAGGUCAGGUCUCCAUCUGCAAAGGUAUUGUGUGUCUGUGUGUUAACUGUAAUCUUAGGAUGUAUAUUUGGACUGAAGCCAAGCUGUACAAGAGAUGUCAAAACCUGUAAAGGCCGUUGUUUUGAGAGGACAUUUGGAAGCUGCCGCUGUGAUGCUGAUUGUGCCAAACUUGGAAAUUGCUGCUUAGAUUUUCAGGAGACAUGUAUAAAGCCAGCUCAAAUAUGGACCUGCAAUAAAUUCCGGUGUGGAGAAAAAAGGCGACCAGAGUAUCAUUGCUCCUGUUCAGAUGAUUGUGUGGAAAAUGAUGAUUGUUGCUUCAAUUACUAUGCUGUUUGCCAAGGAGAAAAAAGUUGGGUGGAAGAAAAAUGUGAGAACAUUAAUGAAUCCCAGUGUCCAGCAGGGUUUACAAAACCCCCACUCUUACUGUUUUCCUUGGAUGGCUUCAGAGUAGAGUAUUUGCGUACAUGGGGUGGACUUCUUCCUGCUAUCAGCAAAUUACAAAAAUGUGGAACAUAUACUACCAGCCUGAGACCUGUUUAUCCAACAAAAACAUUUCCCAAUCAUUACUCCAUUGUCACAGGGCUGUAUCCUGAAUCCCACGGUAUAGUUGAUAACAAGAUGUAUGACCCAAAAAGAAAUGUUUCCUUUACACUUAAAAGUGCAGAGAAGUUUAAUCCACAGUGGUACCAAGGAGAGCCUAUCUGGUUGACAGCUAUGUAUCAAGGUCUAAAAGCUGGCACAUAUUUCUGGCCAGGAUCAGAUGCAAAAAUUAAUGGAACUUUUCCAAAUUUGUAUAAAAUAUACAAUAGUUCAAUCCCAUUUGAGGAAAGGGUGACAACUAUUCUUCAGUGGUUGAAGUUACCUGAAGAGGAAAGACCACACUUUUACACUCUGUAUUUAGAAGAACCUGAUACCUCAGGCCACAAGUUUGGACCCGUCAGCAGUGAAGUCAUUCUUGCAUUACAGAGAGUGGACAGGAUAAUUGAGAUGCUGAUGGAUGGUCUCAAACAAAUGAAUUUGCAUAAAUGUCUAAAUAUCAUCCUUGUAUCUGAUCAUGGAAUGGAAGUAGCUAGCUGCAGAAAAACAGCCUAUCUGAGCACAUAUCUGGACAAUGUGAAUAAUUUCAUGAUUGUGGCAGGCCCCGCAGCUCGCUUGAGACCAAUUAAUGUUCCAGAUGAGUAUUUAUCUUUUGAUUAUGAAGGCAUUGUCAGGAACCUUACAUGUAUUGACUCCAAUCAGCCUUUCAAGGCAUAUAUGAAAUGGCAGUUACCCAAGCGUUUUCACUUUGCCAACAAUGACAGAAUCGAACCAGUGCACUUUUACUUAGACUCACAGUGGCAACUUGCUCGGAAACCAUUUGAGAUCAAGUCUUGCAAAGGUGGAUUUCAUGGCUCGGACAAUCUCUUUAUGAAUAUGCAGGCUAUCUUUAUUGGCUUUGGACCUGGAUUCAAGUUUAGUACUAAGGUUGACCCAUUUGGAAAUAUUGAAAUCUAUAAUUUAAUGUGUGACCUGCUUGAUUUGAUACCAGCCUCUAACAAUGGGACUCAUGGAAGCCUAAACCACCUUUUAAAAAACCCUGUAUAUAUCCCAAGCCAUCCGGAGGAAGCAAGCCAUCCUUCUUCAUGUUCAGUCAUGAAACAAAAACCCUUUCCAGUGGACCGUGGCUGCAUAUGCAGUUCAUCAGGUUUGCCAAUAAGGGACUUUCACCAACGUUUAAAUCUCACUGCAUCACAAGAAAAGAACAUAGAGGAAUACACUUUGCCAUAUGGGAAGCCUAGGGUUCUACAGAAGAAAAGCGUCUCUUGCCUUCUCUACCAUCACCAGUAUGUGAGUGGAUACAGCAAGGACCUCAGUAUGCCUUUGUGGAGUGCCUACACUAUUAGCAAAUCUGACACUUGGAUUGGGUCCAUGGAAAAUAUCUCCAGCUGUUUACAUACGGAUAUUCGCACCCCUUCCAGUCACAACCAGCGUUGCUUGUUCUACAAGAAUCACCCUCAGCUAAACUACGGAUUCCUUUCACCGCCAAAUUUAAUAAAAGACACAAAGAACAGCCACUAUGAAGCACUACUUAGCAGCAACAUUGUGCCAAUGUAUCCUGGUUUUCAAGUGUUAUGGAAUUAUUUCUAUGAAGUCCUGCUACCAAAAUAUGUCGUGGCAAGAAAUGGUGUCAAUGUAAUCAGUGGCCCUGUGUUUGAUUAUGAUUACAAUGGGAUCUAUGAUGUCCCAGAAAAAGUGAAAAGGCAACCAGGGAAUUCAGAAGUUCUGAUUCCAACUCACUACUACAUUGUGCUGACAAGUUGUAAAAAUAUUUCACAGACACCUCUGGAGUGUGAGGGGGCUCUAGAUGCCUUAUCCUUCAUCAUACCUCACAGAGAAGACAACAGUGAAAGCUGUGCAAGUGGUAAAUCUGCAUCUUUGUGGGCCGAAGAGAGAAUGAAGUUUCAUACAGCUCGGAUCAGAGAUGUGGAACUUCUUACUGGCCUCAGCUUCCAUCAAGACAGAAAACAACCUGUAUCUGAUAUUUUGCAGUUAAAAAUAUAUUUACCAACUUUUGAUAAGGUGUAAGUCUUUCUAUGAAAUGAUUCUGCCCAUUUUGCAAAGGAUUUGUAAAUAGACUGUUUUACUUACAGAUUUUUAAAAAAUGAUUUGGAACACUUAUUCAGAGCUAUUGGCCAAAGCAUGAGAAGAAUCUAUGCUACACUUGUAUCUCAGGGACACUGGAUGGACUACAUACAACACAGGAAAGCAGAUCCUGUUGAAUUUUAUUCCUCCACUUGACUGUGGUAGACAUAUGUCCAUUGCUAAAGCAUUCUACCGGCAUUGGUAAUUUAUAUUUCAAGACACUGAGAAGAACAGUAAUUUGACCUUUUAAAAACAUUGGAGAAGCUUAUGAGGGAGGAGUGCUGAUCAAAACUGUGCUUAAAAAUGGGGGUUAUUGGCACAUGUUUUAACUUUUGGGAACUCAUUGCAAUCCAUCUUAGUGUUGUUCACUCAACAAAAACUCCUUUCAACUUGGCUUCUCCUGGGAGGGUGAAGGUUUUGUGGAUUAGAUUUUGAUCAUUGUGCCAUUUAAAAUUUAAUGUGAUAAUGCACUGCAUAAAGCUAUAUUGUUGUAAUGCCACCCAUCUCCCACAGCAGGGAUGGAGACCAAAACCAUCAGCACCAUAAGAUAGACCUCUAACUAGUGAAGUAACUCUGAUAGCAGUUAGCAUUUGGAGGUGCUAUAUCUCUAGCGGAGGAGGCAGUAAAGAAGACUGCAAUACACAGUUUGCUUCUGCAAUAUACAUUUUGCCUCUGCAUUGUAUAUACAUCCGUAAAAAAGGAGGGAGGUGCUGCUUCAGAAUAACUGAAUAAUAAUACAAAUGAAUAAUAAUAAUAAAAUAGAAUCCAAGGAAAAUUUUACAAAAUUAUCAUCGUGCUGCAAAUGACACCAGGAAUUUGAUUAAAACAUUAACCUUCUUAGAGAUGUCCAGCUGUUUGGCAGCUUUGGUGAAUUAUUUUGUCAUUUCACAUUUUGAGGUCAACAUUAUUUCUAGCUGAUCCAAAUUCCUGCUCACAUAAGAAAUAUGUAUCUGGCAUGCAGAUACCGCCAGAUGCAGAACAGUAAAGGCAGGCAGCCAGCAGUACUGGAAGCUAUACUGCCAUAGAAGAAGCAGUCAGGUGGUACUAAGAGGGCCAAUAAUUCCUCCCCUUUAGGCCAUGUGCCAUCACCUCCAAAAUACUCCCACUCCGUCUAGAGAUGAUGAGCCAAGGUGAGCUCUACAGUGCAUAGGAUUUGGUAUAGUCAUUGAUUGAUGCAUUUUUACUUGUUUUGUAAAAAAAAAAAAGAACAAAAAGGAUCUCACACAAAUUGUGUUUAGAGAAUGUAAAUCCCGUGACAGGGCAGUAGAAAAAUGCAUGUAUAUGUUGAUUUAUCCUAGAGAUGUUGGAGACCUGAUCUUAGCCCACAGAAGUCAAUGGAAUUAUUUCCAUUAACUUCAGCUAAAUUGAAUUGGAGCCUGGGGCAAUCUUUCUCUUAACCAGGUGUAUUUCUGUUACAAGCACAACAUUUUUCCAAAGUAGUUUCAGUGUGUGAAGUAUGAGCGUCCUACAGCAACGUCAGAUCCUGACAUGACUAUGAUAGCAUUUUUCAAUGCAACAGCUUUGUAACAACAAUUUUGACAAUUAAAAAUAUCAGAAAAUGG